AGUGGCCCACAAUCUCCGCAAAUCUCCGCAAGUUAGAUCGACACCCAGUGUCUUGUACUGCUUGUGCUCGCCGCCACUGAACCCAAUCUUCUGAACUGCAGGUUUAAAGCAGUAGCUGAUGCCACCAGCUACUGCUGACAACCCGCAAUUGAGGGGUUUGCGGUCCGUGGUGGUGAGCACCGCUGUGACAAGUGUUGGGUUCCGCUUGGUUCCGGCGCAGAUUUCGGACCGUUUUCAGAGGCUGCUGCGACCUUCGAUAUUUCAGCCCCAGUAGUAUACCUGAACGUGCCAGCACGCACGACGCCUCUUGAUGAUAUCCUCUACUGAUACUAGCACAACGGACCAGGUUCCUCCGGCGGGAAGGUUGUUUUCUUUCUUUGUACUGUUAUAAAGUAUGAGAAAAGAGCCAGCGUCAAAAUCCCUUGUCUGGGUACCCU